AUGGGUCCAAAAGCUCCCUUCUUGUCGGCUCAAAGAAUGGCCAAAAGUGCAAAAACGACAGUUGAAAAAAUAACAGAAAUAGUUCCAGUAACGCAAAGCAGCUCUAUCUUAAUCACAGAAUUACCAGAAAUAAUAAUGUUUUAUGUAUUUCAAUACUUAGACGAUAGAAACUUAGAUAUAUGCAGCCAAGUGUGUAGCCAAUGGAGAGAUAUCAUCGAACACAUGAUGAAUCACAGAGUAACAAUGAUCUCAAGGAAAAUCCCUCUUAACGUAAUAAACUCCGUAAUCUACGAAUCGGAAAAACUACAUCGUUACGCUGAGUUCGGCGAUAAUUUUCAAUACAAUUGUUUCGUUUUCGGUGACGAAUCUGUACGUAAUUUUCAUUCUCAAUAUAAAUAUGUUUAUCUGGGACAUCUUUAUGUAGGGAUUGCAUACCCAAUUAAUGAAGAUGAAAUACGCUCUUUUACUGAACGUUGUAAGUUCUCAUCAAUAGAAGAAACAACCGAAAUACAAAUAUCAAUGUUUCCAAACAUUCCGGAUUUCAAUAUUUUUAAUUAUCCGUUCAAACUCGUUGGAAACGAAUCUAUGCUUUCUGACAAAUCAUGUUUAAAGAAUGAAAUAAAGAAAGUAUGCCACAAAAUGAACAUAACGGACGAAGAAAUUAAAUGUUUCAUUUUGUACAAAGAUUUUGCAGUAUGUCCAUACGAAGACAAAACUAAACCUUUCAUAAAUUACUCAAUACACAGAGAUGUAUACAGACUCACAGUAUUUUAUGGGAAGAGAGCAAAUGCUUUCGGUGUUUUUAUUCUUCCAGACGAAACUUGUUAUAAAACUGCCAAAAGAAAAUUGGAGAAGCUGAAACAUUCUGAACUCAAAAUGGUACAGAAGAGAUGUUUCGCGUAUAUUUUCCAUGAUUCGUGUAUGAAGUGCCUCGAUACAGCAACUCGAGCAUUUAGAGAAGUGUUUCCUCUAGUGAACUACGUUACUUAUAAGUUUUUUCCCUACUAUGUAUCAAUCAUUGCAAGGAAAGACGAGUAUUUUUGUGUAGAAACAAACACUCCGACGCACUGCAGAUUUUCAAUAAUAGUUUUCGUAUGGUGGUAA